CUCCGACACCGUCACCAACCAUGGCCCGCCCCCUCGCACGAUUCGGCGACCUUGUCCGCACCGCAGGGCCCAGCCGCGGGUUCGCGUCGAGCGCGCGCGCGUUGGCUUACCCAUUCUCCGCCAACGUGACCUUCCCCGAGCCCAAGGCGCCCGCGCCGGUUCCGCAGAACCUCCUGACGCCCAAAAACGGGUGGCAUGUCGUGGAGCACGUCAACGCUGGCCUGCGGCAGGAGGUGGACCCCCAAGGCCUGCUCAAGACGCUGUUUGCGCGGCGCUCGCGCGAGCGCCUGCGCACCGGCUCGGUCGUGUCCGUCAUCUCGUACCUCAAGUCGGACCGGACGGGGGGCGUGCAGCCAUUCUCGGGCGUGCUGAUGAAGGUGCGCCGCCGCGGGGUCGACACGAGCUUUACGCUGCGCAACAUCGUCGCCAAGACGGGUAUCGAGAUGAACUUUAAGGUGUGCAGCCCGAUGAUCAAGGAGAUCAAGAUUGUGCGGCGCGCAGAGGGGCGGACGGGACCGAUCAAGGACCUGCGCCGCGCACGCGUUAAUUACCUUCGCGAGAGGCCUGAUAUGAUGGCUACGAUUGCGAGCGCGCUCAAGCAGGACCAGGCGCAGCGCGUCGCUGCCAAGCGCGAGAGCGCGGGCAAGAAGAAGUAGAGCGUGAGUCUGUAGAGCGGAGAGAGCGAGUUACGGACACGCAUGCAUAGUGUACAUCUCAG